ACUUGAUCCUCUAAGAGCCAGAGCAGCAUUCCUGACACACCUCGGGUGUACUUCAUAACUCUAAUUAACUCCUAAUCCAGAGCCAAGACCACAUCUGCAAGUAAGUGGGAUACAACUCCAUUUUCACAUUCAUAGCAGUUUGUUUUUAAUUUGCUUGAUCUAAGUUGUUGUGUUAUUAAUAUCCCUAUAUAUUGUGCCAACAUAUAUAAAUCCAAUUAAAUUUUCAAGCAAACACUCAUGAUAUAUAUGGCAGUACAGUGUAUGACUGUUUGAAUGAGGUACAACUGAAACAAAAGUGCUGGUAAACAGUGCAACAGUACAGUCACUGUUGGUUUUGAGGUCAGGAAGUCUGACUUGAGUUGACAUUUCCAACUGGGAACUUCCUAGUUCUAAGGAAAUUAGCGAAUAUUAUAUGGCUCCUUUAAAAAGUAAUCAUCCCUGUUGAAAGACUGCCUACUUUUAUUUGCUUUUCAACAUUCAUUCAUGACCAAUUCUAUUCAACAUUUAUGACUAGAAUUUAGAAAAAACAAAAGAGUCUGUCAUAUCAAAGUGAAAGCAGAGCUCUGUGAGAUAAUAUCACUUCGUUAAAAAUAUACUGUCCAACCAGUACCUGUUCUUCAGCAGCCAAAGCUUUACUAGACAGCAUAAAAAGAAAUCUCAACUAUAGUUCACCAGAAGGCAGUGGGAGACUCUAAGGUCAACUGGAGGAAGGUUCUUUGGUCUCACAAGACAAAAAUUAAGUUUUAUGUCCAUCAGACUAGACACUGUGUUGGGAAGACAACAAACACUGCACAUCAUCAGAAAUACACCAUUAUCUACACCAUGAAGCACGGUGGUGGCAGCAUCAUGAUGUGAAGCACGGUGGUGGCAGCAUCAUGAUGUGAGGCACGGCGGCGGCAGCAUCAUGAUGUGAAGCAAGGCGGCGGCAGCAUCAUGAUGUGAAGCACGGUGGUGGCAGCAUCAUGAUGUGAGGCACGGCGGCGGCAGCAUCAUGAUGUGAAGCACGGCGGCGGCAGCAUCAUGAUGUGAAGCACGGCGGCGGCAGCAUCAUGAUGUGAAGAACGGCGGCGGCAGCAUCAUGAUGCUUCUCAGUAACAGGUCUUGCAGAGCUUCGAAAGAUAGAACAUAAAAUGAAUGCAACAAAGUAUGAAGAAACACUGGUGGAACCUGAUGCAGUCUGUAAGAAAUCGAAACUUUGUUUUCCAGCAAGACGAUAAAAAGGAAACAGCUGAAGAUACACAGAAAUGUUUUAAAGACAACGAGGUGAACAUUAUGAAGUGGUCAAGUCAAACCUCAGAUCUCAAUCUAAUCGAAGACUAGCGACUUGAUGUGAAAAGUUGCUGUUUACUCACAUAUUUAAUGUAACCUGACAGAGCUUGAGCAGUAUUUUUAAAGACAAGUGGGGUAGAAGUGCACAAAAAAUAAAUACAUUUUAAAAAUGAAAAGUUGCGCCCAGAUGUUCAGACUGAUUGAGAUCUACCCUCAGAGACUCAGUUCUGUAACUGCACCCAAAGGUGCGCCUAAGGUUUCUUUUACAUUCCACAUACUGGCUGCUGCUGCUGCUGCUGCUCCCUGAGGCCUCUUUCUGCUGCCACACCCCUUUACUAACCGAGCACACGGUUCAUUUGCCUGCUUUGUUAUUCAAGUUGAGCCGGUGCCAAGAGCAGCCUCUGCAGUUUGCGCUGCAUAGUCAGCAUGGCUCUAAACAUCCCAGGACUGAUCGCUACCAUCGUCUUCUACCUGCUAGUGCUUGGGAUCGGCAUCUGGGCAUCCAUCAAAUCCAAAAAGGAUGAAAACCGGACACAGGCUAAUCAUGCAGACAUGGCUCUGCUUGGAAACAGGAAGAUCAGCUUAGUAGUCGGCAUCUUCACCACCACAGCUACCUGGGUCGGUGGGACCUUCAUCAUCGGUACUGCUGAGACGGUUUAUGACCCAAAGCUGGGACUGAUUUGGGCCGUGAUGCCGCUAGCAGCAACGGUGGCCUUCGUUCUUGGUGGCCUUUUCUUCGCUGAACCGAUGAGGGACAAGAAGUAUGUGACCAUGAUGGAUCCUUUCCAGAUCAAGUACGGAAACGGACUGAGUGGACUUUUGUCUGUGGCGCCGCUGAUGUCAGAAAUUAUCUGGGUAACAUCAACACUGAUAAGCUUAGGUGUGACUAUGAGUGUGAUUCUGGAUUUGUCCUACGCUGUUUGCAUCUGGAUCUCUGCAGCCGUCGCCAUCACCUACACUCUGCUGGGAGGCCUCUACUCAGUGGCCUACACCGACAUCAUUCAGCUCACUCUCAUUUUCAUCACCUCUUGGCUGUGCGUCCCUUUCCUCUUCAUGAGCCCAGCAUCGGUUGACAUCACCACCACAUCCUUCAACCACACCUUCCAGCCUCCCUGGGUGGGCAGUCUAACCGUAGACACAGUCUGGAUGUGGAUCGAUGUCUUUCUACUGCUGAGUGUUGGAGAUCUGGGUUUCCAGGAUUUCCACCAGAGGACAUUAUCAGCGUCCUCUUCAGCCACAGCGAAGCUUCGAUGCUACGCUGCAGCCUUUCUCAUUCCAACAUUUGGGAUUCCUCCUGUACUCAUUGGAGCCGUGGCUGCAUCAACAGACUGGAACCAGACUUCCUACGGAUCUCCACCUCCAUUUGAACGAGGCCAAACAGGUCUGAUUUUACCUCUCGCUCUGACCCACCUGACUCCACCGUACAUCUCUGUCAUUGGCAUCGGAGCUGUGGCCGCUGCCGUGAUGUCAUCAACUGACUCCGCCCUCCUGUCUUCAGCCUCCAUCUUCUCCUCUAAUAUCUACAAGAAGAUCCUGAGAACCAAGGCCUCAGAAAACGAGAUGCGCUGGGUGAUUCGUAUCGCCGUGGUCUUGUUCGGACUGGCCGGCACGUCGCUCACCUUCCUGCACACUGGCGUCAUGGCAUUCUGGGUCCUGGGAGGAGAAAUAGCCUACAUCCUGAUGUUCCCUCAGCUGGUCUGUGUACUCUUCUUUAACAUCUCCAACGGUUAUGGAGCUGCUUCAGGCUUCCUGGUUGGGUUUUUCUUUAGACUUUUGUGCGGAGAACCAUUGCUAGCGUUACCGCCUGCAAUCCACUUCCCAGGAUGCACCCUUGAGCACGGAGUUUAUGUUCAGUAUUCUCCCAUCAGGACCAUCUGCGUGCUGAUUGUUUUUGCCACCAUAUUGGCCGUUUCCUUCUUGUCAUCCCUCCUCUUCAACAAAGGACUGAUACCAGAGAAGUGGGAUGUAUUUCAAAUUAAAAACCACGUUUCACCUCAGACACAGACUCCAACAGAUGACACCAGGAGAGAUGAAAACUCAGAGACUCGGUGUGAGAAUGGAGGAAUUUCAGAUCCAAUGUUGGAAUCAACAUGUUGA